GUGAAAGAGAAAAAGUCAGAGUCGCCAUUUUAGCAAGGAACACGAAUAAGACUCUUGAAAAAUAUACAGAUAUUUUGUAUUGCAAGGCCUCAGCAGGAAUCAUCUGCUCUGAAACAGCACCAAAAUGGAGGAACCUGCUUCUGAAAUUACCCCCCCUGUGGGGUGUAAGUCAAAGGGGCCUGAGAGUGUCCUGAUGGAGAGAGCAGACUCACCUGCACCCAGUUGUGUUUCCAUGAAGAGUGACAGGUCAAUGGGGCUCCCAAUCCACUUCAGAGAGGCACCUUUUCCUACAGAUCAAAGAGACCAAAUGGAAGGAUGCAAUUCAGAUCUACAGGAGAAACCGGGUUUAUCUUCCAUAUUAAAGUCACUAGAGGAAAAUGCUGUGAGGUUCCUGAAGGACGAGCUGAAGAGGUUCAUGAGGUACCUAGAUCAGAAUUACCCAGAAUGCUCUGAGCCUCAGCUGGAGGAGGACGAUGACCUGGACAGUGAUGGUCAGAUGCAGAAGACCUGUGGUAGAGAAGGAGCUCUGAAGAUCACACUGUACAUCCUGAGGACCAUGGAGCAAAAUGAUCUCGCUGACAGGCUGGAGAAGAGGCAUCUUCUGCCACAAUGUCAGCGCAGAAUCAAAUGUACCCUGAAGAAGAAAUGUGAGUGUGUAUUUGAAGGGAAAGCUAAGGAAGGACAGCCAACACUUCUCAGUGAGAUUUACACAGAACUCUACGUAACUGAAGGUGGAACUGGAGGAAUCAAUGAUGAACAUGAAGUGAGACAGAUUGAAACAGCAUCCAAGAAAAGGCUAACAGAAGAUACUACAGUCAAGUGCAAUGAUAUAUUUAAACCCUUAUGUGGGCGUGAGACACCUAUCAGAACUGUACUCAGUAAAGGGGUGGCAGGUAUCGGGAAAACAGUCUCUGUGCAGAAAUUUAUUCUCGACUGGGCAGAAGGAAAAGCAAACCAGGAUGUUCACCUCAUAUUUCCUCUUCCUUUCCGGAACCUGAAUUUGAUUAAGGAUGAAUACAGUCUGAUUGAACUGCUUCACCACUUUGUCCCUGAUCUCAAAACAGUUGAAUCCAAUGAGCUGUUUAGGUACAAAGUCUUGUUCAUCUUUGAUGGUCUGGAUGAGUGUCGCCUUCCUCUAGAUUUUCAGAACAAUGAGAGCUGGUUUGACGUAACAAAGAAAACAUCACUGGAUGUGCUGUUGACUAACCUCAUUAAGGGGAAUCUGCUUCCAUCCGCUCUCCUCUGGAUAACCUCCCGGCCAGCAGCAGCCAAUCAGAUACCUCCUGAGUACAUCCACCGGGUAACAGAGAUACGAGGGUUCAGUGAUGCCCAGAAGGAGGAGUAUUUCAGGAGGAGAUUCAGUGAUCAGAGCCUGGCCAACAGGAUUAUCACCCAUGUGAAAUCAUCAAGGAGCCUCUUCAUCAUGUGCCACAUACCCGUGUUCUGCUGGAUUUCAGCUUCUGUCCUUGAGAGGCUAUUUAGUGAAACUGACAGGGGAGAAAUUCCAAGGACUUUGACUGAAAUGUACACACACUUCCUGAUCUUUCAGACAGGUUUAAAAAAUGAUAAGUACAUGAAAAACAGUGAAACCAAGCUUAAUAAAUGCUUUGAAUCUGGUAAGGAAUCUCUGUUAAAACUUGGUAAGCUGGCUUUUGACAACCUUAAGAAAGUCAAUCUCAUAUUUUAUGAGCAAGACCUGACAGAGAAUGACAUUGAUGUCACUGAAGCUUCAGUUUACUCUGGAGUGUGCACAGAAGUCUUUAAAGAGGAAUAUGGGUUGUAUCAGGAGAAGGUGUACUGCUUUGUGCAUCUGAGCAUCCAGGAGUAUCUUGCUGCUUUAUAUGUGUUUCUAUCAAAUUCAUCAGCUGAUCUGCUGAAGACUGCAAUGGAUCAGGCAUUAAAGAGCAAGAAUGGACACUUGGACCUCUACCUCCGCUUCCUCCUGGGCCUCUCAACAGACUCCAGUAAGACUCUGUUACAAAAGCUACUGGGAGAGACAAGAACCAGCUCACAUAACAUUAAGGAAAUAUCCAAAUACAUCAAGGAGAAAAUAAAGGAGAAUUUAUCUCCAGAAAGGACCAUCAACCUGUUCCACUGUCUGAAUGAGCUGGGUGACAAUCCUAUAGUAGAGCAAGUACAAGGAUACCUGAACUCAGGAAGUCUUUCAGCAGAAGACCUCUCACCUGCGCAGUAUUCAGCUCUGGCCUUUGUGUUACUGAUGUCAGAUGAGGAGCUGGAUGUGUUUGAUCUGAAGAAAUUCAUCAGAUCAGAUAAAGAGCAUUGGAGGCUGCUGCCUGUGGUCAAGACAUCUAGGACAGCUCUAAUCAGAGCACCGAAGUUCGAUACCCAGUCCUACUGACAGAAAGAUGGCUGACGACAGAAGUGGAAGCUAUUUCAGUGGUCUGAAUAUGUUACGUUGGACAGCUGUAAUCUCACAGAGAAAUGCUGUGAGAAGCUGGCUUCAGUUCUCAGAUCAAACUCUUCACACCUGAGAGAGCUGGACCUAAGUAACAAUGACCUGCAGGAUCC